AUGCCUACGGAUUUUGAAAAGGAUGAUUGGGAACCAGUUUUAGAUCCCGCUCAGGCUUCCCUUGAAAUACUUACCCUUGAAAACAGACUUUUGACAAUUGAGUUAAAGCGUUUGCAACAAGAAAUAAAAAAUUUGACUGAAGAAAAUUCCGAUUUAGAAGAAGAAUUCGAUAAACUCAAAGUGUUGUAUGAGAUUGCCUGUGAAAAAUUUUCUCUGCUAAAACGGCAAAAAGACUGUUUCGCUAAGAAAUACAUGGAAUCUCAGCAAAUAAACUCACUAUUAUCAAGCGAGAAUGAGACAUUGACGAAAAAGAUCGAUGAGUUGACUAAAAUAGUUGAAUGUGAUGUAAUUGCAACUGCACGAAAUGAAUUGCAAGGAACAUUAAAAUUCAAUGAUGAUAGUCCGCUUCCGGAGCAGGCGAAUGAUCAUGAGGUUACCGAGAUUGAUGACAUAAAAAAUGUCGAUACGGAAAGCUCUCCAAAUCAGUCGAAAAGACGCGUUACUUUUGCAGAAACAGAAGCAAACAAAAAGAGGCUACGUGCUGGUAAAGAAACUCCUAAG